AUGACAUUGUAUCACCACAUUGUUUGUUAUAUUGGCUCAGUAGAAAUUUUAUGUUCGAUGAAAACGUUGGAUUUCGACAAUCGUACACGUGUCGCAAGAGAAUCUAUUCGUAUUGUAUGUUCAGCUACUGGAGUGCAAUUGAAAGAUAGACGAAAAUCUGAACCAUUUAUAUUAUCGGUAAUUGCACCAAAACCAAAUAUUACGCAUAGUGGAACGCCUGUUUUACUUACCAUUGAUACAGAGGCAUUAAGUCUAAAACGACUGCCAGAUUCGCAAAUACUUUGCUCGCAUAAAAUGGAAGGCAUAUCAUUUGCUAGUGCUGGCGAACAUGAAACAAAAGAUUAUAUCGCUUAUGUAGCAAAAGAUAAUACAAAUAAACGUGCAUGUCAUGUAUUAUCGUGCAAUGAAAAUCAAUCAUUGGAUGUUAUAACAACGAUUGGUCAAGCAUUUGAAUUACGCUAUCAUGAAUAUAUGCAAGCUCAAAAGAUUGAUAGAGGAUUAUCAAAAUCGUUAGAAAAAAAUGUAGACGAAAAUUUAGAAGAUAGAUCGAAUCAAAAGUUGGACGACAAUCAAAAUCGUUCAAAAUUUUCCAAUAGCCAUACAGAUGAUUGGCGACAAACGAACAGUCUUGACCAAGUUUAUAAGGAACCUUGGUGUCAUGGACGAAUAAGUCGAGAUGAAGCUGAAAUUUUGUUACCGAAUAGCGGAGAUUUUUUGGUACGUGAGAGUGUGAAAAUACCUGGCCAAUUUAUAUUAUCCGGACGUUCCAAAGAUACAUUUAAACAUUUAUUACUCGUCGAUCCACAAGGAGUUAUACGAACAAAAGAUUCAGAAUUCGAUAGUAUUAGUCAUUUAAUAGAAUAUCAUAAAAAAGGCAAUAUACCGAUAGUUAGUGCUGAUAUUGAACUAUUACUAUUGAAUGCAAUAUAUCAAAAAUAG